AGCCCCAUCGCAAAGCCGCCUUUUCGCUUCUGCCAACUUCCCUAGUAGCUCCUCAAACAUAUCUCAGUCCGUGCACACACCGCCUCUUCGUUGAAAUACAGACUCUCUUUUGACUCCAUUGCCAUCUCUAUCUCCUCUCUUGCUUCUGCAAACUUGAGAAUUUAGCUUGUCCACUUCCUUACAUCCAACGUGGAAACUGCGUCACCUUUCGGGUUCAGUACUGUGUUUUCUCCGAGUUGUAUAAGUCGGGGGCCAAGCGUGGAGGUUUUGGCAAAAUAAAUGGGAAAGAUUUGAGCUGGAAGUGUGAAGAAAUUUGGUGCUGAGAGGUCGGAUUGAGAUGGAAACGAUUCGACUGGAAUCUAUGAGAGGGAUUCGGGGGAAAAUACAUAUAUGGGUUCAGCAAAAGAUCCUAAUUGGCGUAACCGGAGCAACUUCAAGGGAGAAAUCGGUGAUCAUUUAUGCACGUUCGGCCUUGGAAUUCAAUGCUUACAGUACAGAGUGACAGAACAGAACGCCAAAUUCCCAUUUUCCAAGUGCAGAUGGGCUGGGCUAAUUGGAACAGAAAUGCUCGUUCACGUACUUGAUUAAUGUUGAUAUAUUAUCGGAAAUUAUACAUUUUUUACAUUAUUGCAAAAUAUUACAUAUAAAUAUUUUCAAAAUAAUGUAAAAAAUAUGGCCAUUACCAACUGCCCAACGUGUAGGUAGAUGACUGGUUUGUUUGUAUUACAUAGAAUGAUUCCAAGUUCACCACCAAACCCACAGAGACAUGCUGGUCAAUUAUCUUCAUCUAAACUCCAACAAAUCCUCCAAACGCAACAACCCCAUUUGGUAAACAAGAGCAAGAGAUGUAUAUAUAGACUUGGAUACAAGCUCAUACCCAACAUCAAAUUUCCUAUGGCUCGCCAACUUCACAUCACACAAAUACCACUGAACACAUCACAAGCAGCCAUGGCUGGAAUGACUCUUCUCUUGUGUGCCUUUGCCUUGUUCAUGUGUGCUUCUCAUUCGCGUAAAUGGCGACGCUGGAGCACUUGCUAUGGUUCUUCCAACCAUAGUCCUGUCAUCCAACUCAAUACUGAAGCUAUGAUGCUGAGCACCGGAGUUCGCACUCUGCACGGUCGCAGUAACAGUGAACUCUUGUUUAGUGGUGAACAGCAACAGCAAGGAGUUGGAGUUUGGCAGAAGAAUAUACUCAUGGGUGGGAAGUGCCAGCUACCGGACUUUUCAGGUGUCAUCAUUUAUGACUCCGACGGAAACGUUGUUGCCCCUGCAAAAAAUCCUCAUCCCUUGCUCACAUGGAAGUGAACAAGAAUAUGCAGACGUUGUAAUAUUUACAAAACUGAUUUCGGGUCAAUUCCUAUGAACUAUAGAUUAUCCUCCUGUGAUAUGAAUAGCUCUGAUAUUUUUCUUCAUAGAAGAGGAUAAUUACAUUUUAUGUUUUCAUGGUUGUAGGCAGUUUCACUGCUGCAAAAACAAAAUGGUAGAAAAUUUCCAAA